CAGUGGAUGCUGUACAAUGAUAAAGCACCUUUGUCAAAGAGUCUGUUAUUAGUCCCAAGUGCCAUCUCGAUUCUAUUGACUCUGCUCUUCCAACAUUAUCAGAAGUUCUUUGCAUAUAACCUACAAGCUAUAAAAGAGGAUUUUCAGAUUUGGAGACUUGUAUGUGGGAGAACAGUAUGCCUUGAUCUGAAAGACACAUUCUGCAGCAGCCUGCUCAUUUAUAACUUUAGAAUAUUUGAAAGAAGAUAUGGCAGCAGAAAAUUUUCAUCAUUUUUACUGGGUGCCUGGAUGCUUUCAGCUUUGUUUGACCUUCUGCUUGUGGAACUUGCUCAGUAUAUAUUUGGCUUCACCAUCAACAGCUUGCCUUCUGGUUUCUUGGGUCCUGUGUUUGCUUUGUUUGUACCAUUUUAUUGCUCCAUUCCAAGAGUGCAGGUGACACAAGUAUUAGGCCACUUUUCUAUCACAAACAAGACACUGGUCUAUAUACUGGGUUUACAGCUCUUAACCUCUGGUUCCUACAUCUGGAUUUUAGCCUUAAGUGGAUUGAUUUCUGGGAUUUGCUACAAUAGCAGUAUAUUAAAAGUUCAUCAAAUUCUUUGUGUACCCAGCUGGGUAGCAAAGAUAUUUUCUUGGACUCUUGAACCAAUCUUCUCAUCUGCGGAACCAACGAAUGAAAUUCGAGUGGGAAUGGGAGCAACAGUGGACAUCCAGAGACAGCAGAGGAUGGAGUUACUGGAUCGUCAAAUCAUGAUGUCUCAGGUUGCACAGAUGCGACGGCAAAGGCAACAGCAGGGUGGGAUGAUUAACUGGAAUAGACUGUUUCCUCCUUUGCGUCAUAGACAUAAUGCAAAUUAUCAAGAUCAUCACCCAUCUGAUCAAGAAACACCUCCACCUACUGAGGUUUCUGAAGAGCAGGUUGCACGACUUAUGGAAAUGGGAUUUUCCAGGGGAGAUGCUCUAGAAGCUUUGAGGGCUUCAAAUAAUGACUUAAAUGUAGCCACUAAUUUUCUACUGCAACACUGAUGUUUUUCUGUGUGGAGAAACUUUACUUGAUGGGUUUGUGUAAGUUUGAAAGAGAAUCAAAGCCACCUGCUGGACAGACUCGCAAAGGUUGUCCCUGCAAGCAGUGUCAAAAAGAAGAAUCUGUCUCCACGUGAGCGAUCGUUCAGAGCGACGUUAACGAAUGAAGUGAACUGUUCCCAAGCCUUCAAAUCAAUUGGUGGUUUCUAUUCUGGUUAUCCGUUUGCGAAUAGCUUUAUUUUCUACUUAUUACUGGCUAUCACCUAAAUUUAUUUUAAAAAUAAAAUAGAUGGGUUUUUUCUUGUGAAUCAUUGUUACUCAUGUUAUCAGAUUUAAUGACUAGGAAAAGAAGUUCCAACAACUCCAAACAGCUGCAUUUAUCUGUCAAGAGAAGUCAUAUUUUCUUUUUUUAUCAGUUUAAUUCCUCUAGCUUAGAUGUUGUUUUACAGUACUUGAUUUUUGGUUACAGUAAUAAGAUGUUUGAAGAUCACUUCAUUUUCAACUCAGUAAAGGGUUAUGGGAGUAUUAUGUCAUUCUUCAGAAAGUUGUAUUAAUGCCUGUAAUAUUUUAUUUCUUGAAUUCCUUUUUAAAUACAAGUUGUCAUUCAGCACAUAAUA